AUGACGUGUGCCAUCAGACUCACCAGGCGCAUGCGUUGGCUGUCGAGCGCCAACGGCCUUGCGGAGGUGAGCGGCGCCAAGAACACCCUCGCAAAGGACGUCCCCGCAAAGUCUGGCGCGGAGGCCUCCUUUGACGCCGAGACCUGCGUCAUCAAGAACGACCCGGCGCUCAAGCCGGUCACCAAGGGCGACGCCGACUGGACCGUCUUGAACUCGCGCAACAAGACGGAGCGCAAGGGCGAGGUCAAGUCCACGAAGGUCUUCAACAAGUACGAUCUGCUCGACGACGCCGAGACGAACGCGGAGAUCGAAGCGUACGACGAGGAGGAGGACGAGAAGGCCAAGGAGAAGGAGGCGUCCACCGGCUGCGUAAGCGAGCCGUCCGACUCGGCUCCCUCGGGCGACACAAACUACUUCUCUUGGCCCUGCUUCGCCUGCCCGUCUGGCUUCUUCGUGCUCGUCUCGGCAAUCUCGGCUCUCUUCUUCGAGGCGUUCCGCCGGUUCGCAUCGAUGGGCAAGCCCGCCAUCAAGAAGUCAUCGCAGGGCGCCAGCUCUGCAGGACCUUGCCGGACCACGAUCUUUGGUCUGGCGGUAAUCGGAAUGUGCGGCAUUGGCGGCUUUGCGUCCAUGCUGCCAAACACGAUCGCGCUACCGCUCCCGGCAGCGGCGCUGCCAACCGUGACGAUAGCCGACGACGUGAUGCACAGCCAAGACGCCUUUCCGGCGAGCUUUCGGACUGCGUACUACGCUGCCAGUGCGCACACCGGGUGCAUGCUGGAGACAUGGAAGAACGCCACACCAGGCGUCGACAAGAUCAUGGUCUUUACCCACGGCAAGCCUUGUCCUACCUCGGCCCUGUGCCCUCUGUGGGAUGACAUGACGGCGACAUGCUCCGCAAGCGAGAUCCCCCUCGGAACGAAGUACCUGGUGCAGCUCGGCGACCAGGAAGAGCAGCUCACACUAGGCUGCUCUGCACCUGUCUUCACAAAAAAUCGCCUCAUCUCCAGGAAGCGUGGCAUCGUUCUACCCUUGGAGUGGGAGCGGCACCUCGGCGAAGUAGUUAACGAAGCAGUGCGGCUCUCCGCCGCAAUGCCGCCAUGGCGCGAGAAGAAGGCGGCGCUCGUGUGGCGCGGCUCCACCACCGGCAGGCGGAGGCGCUAUGUGCACGCGCUCUCCGAGGCGUUCUUUAACGUUCGCUUCACCCAGGUGGUCCAGGGCAAAGACUCGUGGAUCUCGAAGCCCGAACACAAAGGCGAGCGCAUGACGCAGCGAGAGACGCUCCAGUAUCGUUACGUCCUAUCCCUGGAGGGCAACUCGUAUGCGACCAACCUGGCGUGGCAGCUGGCGAGCUCGAGCCUGGUGGUCAUGCCCGUUCCACGAUGGGAAACAUGGCUCAUGGAAGGGCUACUCAUUCCCUUUGUGCACUACGUGCCGCUGGAGGACCCAAGUAAGUGGGACACGUUGAUGAAGUGGCUGGAGGCGCACCCGCAGCUGUGCCAGACGAUCAUCAAGAACGCGAAUCGAUGGGUGAAACGGGUGCGCGGCGGCAACAUCACUCACGGGCUGACGGACAGCCGCGGCAUUCAGCCUCACGCACGCUGGCUGCUGCAGCAGUACCACCUGUGA